CACUCUUCUUUCCCCUAAAGGUUAUCCUGUGCUCUUGCAACGUUUCUGUUUUUUGCUCUGUACAGUUUCUUUGGUUCUGUUCUCAAGCUUUCUUGCUCAAGGAAACAAUGCAGGUGGAUACUGUGUUGCCUGCCAAUGAACAGAUGAUGAAGAUGAUACCAGAAGUUGAAGAAACAGAUGAGGAUAAUGAUGAUACCAAAUUUCAAAAGUCUCUAAGAGAACUCAGGGAUUUGUGCUCUCAGCUUCAUCAUGCUGCAGACUACUGUGAGACCACAUUCCAGAAUUCUGAACAGAAGAGAAGUGUGGUGGAGCACACAAGAGAGUACAUAUGCAGGGCUGUCGUUACGGUCAUUGAUCAUCUGGGAUGUGUAUCUGCUAACCUUGAAUGUUGUCUUGCAAAGAGCAACAACAUUUCUGAAACAGAACUUCGAAUUGAUUGCCUGAAACAGAGGCUUGGAACAUCCCAAUACUAUGCUCAGAAGCUUGCAGUUACCAGAUUUUACUGGAGCGCUAGUUGCCCGAGAUUUCACCCUCGCUAUCUAUCCCCGCCAAUGCCAGAUCCUAUGCGAACAGGAGGAGUCACGAGGGAAUCAGAUAGUCCAGUUGCUGCUAAGCCUGAAUUUGAAGCAGAAGAUGAAGUGCCACUUUUCCUCUACACUUGCAACUACAAGGCUUCUUUGGCUGAGGAUACUGAGAAGGGGAUUAGCUCCUCACCAGUGCUGCCUGUUCGUCAUGACCUUCCAGCACUACCAAAACCUCAAAAUCCCAAUUUUGAGUUCCAGGAUGGUCGGAAGCUAAAACGGAGCAUAUUGAACUGGAAAGCAUUGCAGACUACAGAUUUGAAGUCAAUGAUUCGGCGAGGCAAAAGAACACUAAACACUCCUGUUAGCUACUGCUAAGGUUAAUUAGGACUUGAUUCCUGUAUUUGUAAUGCAUGUAUGUAUAAACAAGCACAUCCAUUCCUGCUUCAACUAGAGAAUGUUAUCAUUUCAGUUUCAUAUUUAAUUAAGGGAUGGUUAAGAAUAUGGUGUUAUUGGUGAUUUGGUGUACAUUAUCAUAUCCUUUGAUUUACGGAAAAGUCUAUAACUGCUA